AUGCCUCGCAACAAGAUCCAAAUCGCGUGGAGUUUCGACUUCGACGCUCUGUCAGGCUGGCUCGGCACUGGCAAGCAUCCGGACAACAACAUGGCCGACUACAGCCAGGGCUAUUUCAGUGCUCAUGUCGGCGUGCCGAGGCUGCUCAAGGUUCUCCGAGGGCUUGGUAUCGAGAACAAGGUCACAUGGUGCCUGCCUGGCCACUCCAUUGAGACCUUCCCCGAGGAGACCAGGGCUAUCGUCGAGACCGGCGCCGAAAUUGCCCUGCACGGUUACGCCCACGAGGCAUCGAGCCAGAUGACUGCUGAGCAGGAACGCGACGUCCUGCUCCGGUGCAUCCAGCUCUGCGAGGGUCUGACUGGCAAGAAGCCGCGGGGUUACCGCGCCCCCUUCUGCAAACUCGAGGAGCGCACCAUCAACCUGCUCCAGGAGCACAACUUCCUGUGGGACUCGUCGCUCACACACAACGACAGCAGCCCGUACUUCCUGCCCAAGAACAUGGCCGCUAUCCAACCCAUCGACUUCGACCCCGAGGUCAAGGCCGAGACGUGGAUGAAGCCCUCCCCAAGCUUCGCCGCGCACCCCAAGUCCACCUUGGUUGAGAUCCCCAUCAACUGGUACAUGGACGACAUGACCCCGCUGCAGUACUUCCCCAAUGUCCCCAACUCCUUUGGGUACGUCGACGUCGCCGUCGUCGAACGCCAGUGGCGAGACCGAUUUGAGUGGCUCAGGCGUGAGAUUGCCGAGGGUGAUGAGGAGACCAAGGUCUUUUGCAUCGUGAACCAUCCGGACGUGAGUGGGAUGGCACACGUCAUUGGCAUGGUGGAGCGGUUCAUCAAGUGGUUACAGUCCUUUGGAGACGAGGUAGAGUUCGUCACAUAUGAGGAGAUUGCUGAAAAGUUCCUGCGUAAGCAAGCCAACUAA